AUGGUUAGAAAUCGUAAACUUAAAAGAUUAGAACAUUCAUCUCAAAAGGUACAACGAAAUUAUGAUCAACAAAACUAUUGGAAUAAUCGUUAUGAAGCUAAAUUAAAAGGAAAAAUUGUCGAUGAAGAUGAUGAUCAUACAGAUGAAUGGUAUUUCUCUUAUUCAGAUGUAUCAGAUGUAUUAAAAUCAUAUUUAAAACAAUUUCAUCGACAAUCUCCUAUACUUGAUAUUGGAUGUGGUUUAUCGAAUAUAUUAAAUGAAUUAUCAAAAGAUCAUUUUAUCGGUCCAUUUGUUGGUAUUGAUUAUUCUUCUAUUGUUAUUAAUCAAUGUAAAAAGAUAAAGAAAAAUUCUAAGUAUCAUUAUUUAACAUUAGAUAUGAUGCAAAAACAAAAACCAUCUUUACCAUUUAAUACAUUUGGUAUUAUUAUUGAUAAAGGAACAACUGAUGGAAUUCUUUGUAAUAAAUCACAUCUAUCAACUAUUUCAAAUAUGUAUAAACAUGCAUCAAGUUUAUUAUUAUCAAAUGGUCUUUUUAUUAUAAUUACAAUAAAAACUGUUGAUGAUAAAGAUUGGUUUGAAGAUUGUCUUAUACCAGCCCUCAUGCAAGGUAGUGAAAAUCAACAAACAAAAUUUAUUAUUCAUUUUCAUCGUUGUAUGCAAUAUACAGAUGGUAGUGAGAAUGGUCCUAAUAUAUUUGUCAUUGUUAAAUACGAUUGUAAAUCGUAUUCAUUGCGUUCAUCAGCAAAUCGAGUAAAACAAGAUUUAUCUCAAAUAGUAACUGUUAAAUGUUACUAG